GAUAGGGCAGCAUGGACACAGGGCCCUUGAGGAACUCAUCCCGUUGCCAUGCAUGUCACAGGCAGAGAGGUGAGCCCUGGGUGGGCCACUCUGAAAACGGCACCUGGGGCAGCCUUUGGAAACCAACAAGAAAGCUCGAGGCCUGAUGAGAAAAGCCCAUCACUGCUCCUGGACCUGCAUGCUAUGAUGGAGGAGACAAAAGCAGAAUCAUUUGGCUUCUCUCUGCCCUCUGACGGGGCCUCCUCCAGGUGAGGCCCUAUGGGUACCUCAAAACCAAGGCAACAAAAGGCACGAGACUGUGGGCUAGGAAAAGAUGGGGGAUGCUGAGGAAGGACUCUUGUUUACUAGUUAGUAAAACUACCUCUCAACUGCACAGCCUGAUGCCAGCACUUUAGUUAGGUGGGGCAGGGUGUGUCCUGGAGAAGGCAGCCCACUUUGCCACUCUACCCUGGCAAAGGGCCACGGCCCACUGCAGGGUGAGAGGUGUGAGGAUUGAUACACACCAGCAGGCAGGAGGGGAAGAGCAACCUCUACUACAUUAAUACCCCAGGGUGGAGUACUUGGGGCCAGCCCUUCGUGUCUCAGAUAUAGUGAGGAAACCACUGUGACAUGCCGUUUGACGUUGACCCAAGCUGCAUAAAAUGUAGCUUCCGGCCAGGUUCCCAUCCGCCUGAGGUGCACAGGCAGCUUUCUGGUAUAGCCUGUUCCACAAGUGCCAAGCAGGUAGGCUUCUGCACUUCCUCCCUGCUGUCUGGAUGUUCAGUGCAAAGAUUUUGGCUCCACCACUCUACCCCUCCCCUACUUCAGGAAAUGGAUUCUGAUUAGAAGGGUGGAGUAUGGACCAGGGCAGCCUGGGCUCUGAAUUAACUUCCUUCUACCAAUCUCCCUGGUCCCAUUGCAUCACCCUUACUUCCUGUUGACGUCAAAUAGGCCCUAGCAGGAAUGGGAGUGUCACAGACACAGCUGAGAUCACUGUGGACCAAUGCCUUGUCCCAAGUCCUAAGGGAGUUCCCACCAGAAGGUCUCCUAUAGAAUAACCUUGUGCUAAUCUCUGAGCCCAGGACAACCCAGCUUCUCCCUGACUGCUGCUCUAAGCCUGCUAAGCUUAAACCACCUGAUGGGGAACAAAAAGGGAAGACAGAUGAGGGCAUAGGAUGGAGUCCACAGCCAGGAAGUAUGUAAUGCCGAGGACUAAGGCUGAGGCACCACAGGAAAAAGGCUACAGCCACCGGCCUGAUUGACCAUGGCCCUUUCUGUGGAGACCGAGUCGCAUAUCUACCGAGCUCUGCGCACUGCUUCUGGGGCUGCUGCCCACCUUGUUGCCCUGGGUUUCACCAUCUUUGUGGCUGUGCUUGCCAGGCCUGGCUCCAGUCUGUUCUCCUGGCACCCCGUGCUUAUGUCUCUGGCUUUCUCUUUCCUGAUGACCGAAGCACUGUUGGUGUUUUCUCCUGAGAGUUCGCUGCUGCGCUCCCUCUCGCGGAAAGGCCGAGCACGCUGCCACUGGGUACUGCAGUUGCUGGCCCUGCUGUGCGCACUGCUGGGCCUGGGCCUUGUCAUCCUCCACAAGGAACAGCUUGGCAAAACCCACCUGGCCACUUGGCAUGGGCGCGCAGGGCUGCUAGCUGUGUUGUGGGCGGGGCUGCAGUGCUCAGGUGGGGUUGGGCUGCUGUACCCCAAACUGCUGCCCCGAUGGCCCCUGGCCAAGCUCAAGCUGUACCAUGCCACUUCUGGGCUAGUGGGCUACCUUCUGGGUAGUGCCAGCCUCUUGUUGGGCAUGUGCUCACUCUGGUUCACUGCCACAGUCACUGGUGGGGUCUGGUACCUGGCUGUGCUAUGCCCUGUCAUUACCAGCUUGGUUAUCAUGAACCAGGUGAGCAAUGCCUACCUAUACCGCAAAAGGAUUCAGCCGUGAGCUCUUCUCAGCCGAGAAGCCUGGAUUUGUCCUUCAGUGUAGGAGCUGGGGCUGGGACUUCCUGGACUCUCUCAGCUGACGAGGUCACAGGGACGCCUCAGGCACUGGGGCACUGAGGAGCAGGAGUCCUGUGUGCGACAUUUGUGCUUGCUGCUCACACUGGAACGCCUUCUUUCCCCCUCUCUACCAUCCUAGAGGAGCUUGUGGAUCAUGUGUCUGGGUGAAGUUGGGGUUGCAAGACUGCCUCCCCAGCAACUCAACUAAUAUGUGUAUGUCCAGAAAUUACAGGAGGAAAAAAGUGGAAUAAAAAAAU